GAGGUCGUCGUGAGAUACCUCGAUGUCUUGAUGUCAGGUACGUCGCUGUGGGGCAUGCACGGGCCAAUAGGCCACACGUGACGGCGGAUUUGGAGGAGUCAGAAACCGGCCUCCGUGGCAGCGGCACACGAAUUCCUUGAACUUUGGAUAACGCCCAAAGAGUUGACAGUUGACUGGUUCGAAUUCUUCACACUCCAUGUCGCCUUCACACUCUCGACCUGCCACGUCUCCCACAGAAGUCUGAGACUAAUUUCUCUUUUACACGGAUAAUACGGCGCCAGUUCCCACCAUGUCAAGCGGCGACGCCCUUCCUACGAGGUCCGCGGACGCUGAGAAACAGAAACCAAUCCACGGUAUCUGUCUCGAUGCCGGUCCAUUGAUCAAGAAUGACCCCCCCGUCAGCACUCUGCUUUCGCAAGCCCACCAGCUAUACACCCUUUCCUCCAUACUGGAAGAGAUCCGCGACACCGCCACACGCACCCGUGUUGAAACGCAACUCCUCCCCUUCGUAACCCUGCGGAAUCCACGACCAGCGAGCAUCAAGUUCGUGACGGAUUUUGCGCGGCGGACGGGCGACCUGGAAGUCAUGAGCAGACCUGACGUGCACCUCCUUGCACUGACCUAUGAGCUGGAGCUGGAGCAAAACGGGGGAGACUGGAGAUUACGGAAGAUGCCUGGUCAGAGGGGAAUCAAUGGUCAGACGCCUUCUACGGAGCAGCAGCAAACGGGAACCGAAGAGCAAACACAGACAGAUGCGGAAGCGGAAUCAUCUGGACCCGUCGAGGCACCGCCGCCUGUUGACAGCGACAAGAAAGACGGAGAUCAAAACGCGGGCGGGGACGCGGACAGCACGCGGAUGAGCGAGGGCAUGUCACAGCUAAACCUGGACAGCACCACCAUUGAACAGGCAGCCCAAGAAUCGCAAGAACCCCCCGCAACAGCAGACGAAGGGAGCGAAGGCUCAGACUCCGACUCGGACGAUGGCUGGAUCACGCCGUCCAAUCUCAAGAAGCACCAAGCCAAGGACAACAAGGAGGUGAUCCCCACCGCGGCCGACCAGCCGCUGAAAGUGGCCCUCCUCACCUCCGACUACGCCAUGCAGAACGUCGCGCUGCGGAUCGGCCUCAACCUCCUGUCCCCCUCCAUGUCGCGCAUCACGCAGGUCAAGAACUGGGUCCUCCGGUGCCACGGGUGCUUCCAGGUGUGCAAGAAGAUGGACAGCCAGUUCUGCCCCAAGUGCGGCCAGCCCACGCUCACGCGGGUGUCGUGCACGACGGCGGACGACGGCUCGUUCCGGAUCCACCUGAAGCGGAACUUCCAGUGGAACAACCGCGGGAACGUGUACAGCAUACCCAAACCCGUCACCGGCACGGCGAGCGGCAAGCUGCCUUACAAAGGCGCCGGCGGGAAGAACGGCUGGGGCACCAAGUUGAUCUUGGCGGAGGACCAGAAGGAGUACGAGAGGGCGCAGGGCGAGAAGCGGCGGCAGCGGCAGAAGGACCUCAUGGAUGAGGAUUACCUACCCAAUAUCCUCACCGGGGAGAGGUCAAGCGGGAAUGGGAAAAUACGGCUGGGGCCUGGAAGGGCAGUAAACGGACGGAAGGGGAGAGGUUGAUGUGCGGAGACUCGAUAGAAAUGAAUGCAGUAUUUCUCAUUUUUCCAUGCCAAGGUAUAUUUCGU